GGACCCAACAGCAUUUUCGAGGUUUACCUGGUGGGCAACAACUCCAACCACUUCAUCAUCUCACCGACCUCCAUCCAGGGGAAGGCAGAUAUCCGCAUCCGCGUGGCAGUGCCACUGGACUUUGAGACGAUUCCUCGCUAUAAAUUUUCGCUCUUUGCAAAUGAGAGCAUCCCGGACCACGUUGGCUUUGCACGUGUGAAGAUUAACCUCAUCAAUGAGAACGACAACCGCCCCAUUUUCAGCAAGGCCCUGUACAACGUCAGCCUCUUUGAGAACACCACCUUGGGCACCACUGUCCUCCAGGUCCAUGCAACUGACAAUGACGUGGGCACGUAUGGGAAAGUCAGUUAUUUUUUCAGUGAUGACCCUGACCGUUUCUCUCUGGACAAGGACACGGGCGUAAUCCUCCUGACAGCUCGGCUGGACUUCGAGACCACACAGCGCUACACCCUGACUGUCAUUGCCCAGGACGGCGGUGGGGAGGAGACAACAGGGCGCGUCAGGAUCAAUGUCCUCGAUGUCAAUGACAAUGUCCCCACCUUCCAGAAGGAGGCAUACCUGGGGGCCCUGCGGGAGAACGAGCCCUCUGUCACCCAGGUGGUCCGGCUCCGGGCAUCUGAUGAGGACUCCCCUCCAAACAACCAGAUCACGUACAGCAUCAUGCAGGCUUCUGCCUUCCAUGACUAUUUUGACAUCACGGUUUCAGAAGGGUACGGAGUGAUCAGCGUGAACCACCCCCUCGACUACGAGCAGGUGGCCAAUGGGGUUAUUUACCUGACUGUGAUGGCCAAGGAUGCCGGCAACCCACCACUCAACAGCACUGCUCCCAUCACCAUCGAGGUGUUUGAUGAAAAUGACAACCCCCCCACAUUCAGCAAGCCCUCUUAUGUCAUAACCGUAAUGGAGGACAUCAUGGCAGGAGCCACAGUGCUGUUUCUCAAUGCCACGGACAUGGACCGGUCCAGGGAGUAUGGGCAGGAGUCAAUCAUUUACUCCCUGGAGGGCUCCUCGCACUUUCGGAUCAAUGCUCGCUCAGGAGAAAUCACGACAACGUCUUUGCUGGACCGGGAGGCCAAGUCUGAAUACAUCCUCAUUGUCCGGGCGGUGGAUGGAGGCGUGGGCCACCACCAAAAGACAGGCAUUGCUAUGGUGAACAUCACACUGCUGGACAUCAACGACAACUAUCCCAUGUGGAAGGAUGAACCAUACUUCAUCAACCUGGUGGAAAUGACACCCCCCAAAUCGGACGUCACCACGGUGGUAGCUGUCGACCCAGACCUGGGGGAGAACGGCACGGUGGUGUACAGCAUCCGACCCCCCAAUAAGUUCUACAGCCUCAACAGCACCACGGGCAAAAUCCGUACCACUGGCGUGCUGCUGGACCGCGAGAACCCCAACGCCCAGGAGGCCCAGCUUAUGCGGAGGAUUGUGGUGUCAGUCACUGACUGUGGGAGGCCACCUCUGCGAGCUACCAGCAGUGCCACAGUUUUCGUCAACCUACUGGACCUGAAUGACAAUGACCCCACUUUCCAAAACCUGCCUUUUGCCGCUGAGAUUGCUGAGGGCCUUCCCGUGGGCUCCUCUGUCUUCCAGGUAGUGGCCAUUGACCUGGACGAGGGUCCGAAUGGGCAGGUGACAUACCGCAUGCAAGUGGGGAUGCCCCGCAUGGAUUUCCUCAUCAACAGCACCAGUGGGCUUGUCACCUCCACCGCUGUGCUGGACAGGGAGAAGAUUGCUGAGUACUACCUGCGGGUGGUGGCCAGCGAUGCCGGCGUGCCCUCCAAGAGCUCCACCAGCACCCUGACUGUCAAAGUUCUGGAUGUGAACGACGAGAACCCCACCUUCUUCCCAGCCAUCUACAAUGUGUCACUGUUUGAAAACGUGGCCCGGGAUUUCAAAGUGGUCCGGCUCAACUGCACGGAUGCUGAUGUUGGGUUGAACGCUGAGCUCAGCUACUUCAUCACAGGUGGGAACCAGGAUGGCAAAUUCAGCGUUGGCUUCAGAGAUGGGGUGGUCAGGACAGUUGUGAGUCUGGACAGGGAGACCGUGGCAUCGUACACACUGAUCCUGGAGGCCAUUGACAACGGCCCCACAGGGAACCGGCAUACUGGGACUGCCACCGUGUAUGUGACCGUCCUGGAUGUCAAUGACAACCGACCCAUCUUCCUUCAGAGCAGCUACGAAAUCAGCGUCCCUGAGGACAUCCCAGCUGCCAGCAGCAUAGUGCAGGUGAAAGCCACAGAUGUGGACGAAGGCAUUAAUGGGAGAGUGUGGUACAGGAUUGUCAAGGGAAACGAGCACAACAACUUCCGCAUCAAUCCCAGCACCGGGCUGGUGAUGCGAGGCGUGCGGCACCUCGACAGGGAGCAAAACUCCUCUCACAUCCUGGAGGUGGAGGCCUACAAUACAGAGCAGGGACCCAUGAGGAGCUCCGUGCGGGUGAUCAUCUAUGUGGAAGAUGUCAAUGACGAGGUGCCAGUGUUCACCCAGCGGCAGUACAACCGCCUGGGGCUGCGGGAGACGGCAGGGAUAGGGACUUCAGUGGCAGUGGUCCGGGCCACCGACCGAGACACAGGGAACGGUGGUCUGGUGAACUACAAAAUCCUGUCAGGCGCAGAAGGGAAGUUUGAGAUCGAUGAGAGCACGGGCCUCAUCACAACGAUCGAGUACCUGGACUACGAGACCAAAACCAGCUACCUGAUGAACAUCUCUGCCACGGACCAGGCACCCCCCAACAACCAGGGCUUCUGUAGUGUUUACGUCAGCCUGCUAAACGAGCUGGAUGAGGCUGUGCAGUUCUCCAACAGCAGCUACGAGGCUGUGAUCGUGGAGAACAUACCCUUGGGCUCCGAGGUGCUCCGGGUCCAGGCCCGCUCCAUCGACAACCUCAACCAGAUCACCUACAAGUUUGACCCCAACACCAACGCCCAGGCACUCUCCCUCUUCAAAAUCAACGGGAUCACUGGUGUGAUCACAGUCAAAGGCCAGGUGGAUCGAGAGAAAGGGGAUUUCUACACCCUGACAGUGGUGGCCGAUGAUGGAGGACCAAAGAUUGACUCCACAGUGAAGGUGACCAUCACAGUUCUGGAUGAGAACGACAACAGCCCCCAGUUCGACAUCACCUCCGACUCCUCCGUGAGUGUGGCGGAGGACAGUGCUGUUGGCAAGCGGGUGGCCGUGGUCCUGGCCCGUGACCCGGACGCAGGCAGCAAUGGGCAGGUGACUUUCUCACUGACGUCAGGGAACAUCGGCUGGGCUUUCGAGAUCCAUACCACCAACACCACCUACGGUGAGGUGUUUGUGGCACAGCCACUGGACCGAGAGCUGCUGGAUCACUACACCUUACGGAUCCAAGCCUCAGAUGGCGGCGUGCCUCCCCGGAGGAAGGAACACACUCUGCGAGUGAACAUCCUCGAUGUCAAUGACAACCCCCCCAUCAUCGACAGCCCUUUCAGCUACAAUGUGAGCGUGAGCGAGAAUGUUGGUGGUGGCACAGCAGUGGCCCAUGUACAUGCCACCGACCAGGAUGUCGGCCUCAACAGCAUCCUCUCCUACUACAUCACCCGUGGGAAUGAGGACCUGACCUUCCGCAUGGACCGUGUCACCGGUGAGAUUGCCACCCGGCCUUCCCCGCCAGACCGCGAGCGGCAGAGCUUCUACAGCCUGGUGGUCACUGUCGAGGACGAGGGCAACCCUUCCCUGUCGGCCACCACCACAGUGUACGUCACCAUCCUGGAUGAGAAUGACAAUGCUCCCACUUUCCAGCAGCAGCUGUAUGAGGUGACCCUUGAUGAAGGUCCUGCCACACUCAACGCCACCCUCGUCACUGUCCAGGCCCAGGACCGGGACGAGGGACCCAACAGCACGGUUGUGUACACCAUCACUGAAGGAAAUAUCUUGGGUACCUUCCACAUCGACAGCUCCACGGGACAGAUCUGCACAGUGAAAGAGCUGGACUAUGAAAUCAGCCACGGGCGCUACACCUUGAUCAUCACCGCAACUGACCAGUGCCCCAUUGUCUCACGCCGGCUGACAUCAACCGCCACGGUGCUGGUGAACCUCAAUGACAUCAAUGACAACCAACCCACUUUCCUGCGGCCGUACGAGGGUCCCUUCGAUGUCACAGAAGGGCAGCCUGGCCCACGCAUCUGGACAUUCCUGGCCCACGAUGGCGACUCGGGACCCAGUGGGCAAGUGGAGUACAGCAUCAUUGCUGGGGACCCCCUUGGAGAGUUUGUGAUCUCCCCAGUGGAAGGGGAGCUGCGGGUGCGGAAAGAUGCUGAGCUGGAUCGUGAGAACAUCGCCUUCUACAACCUCACCAUUGCUGCCCGGGACCGGGGGGUGCCCCCCCUCAGCUCCACAAUCCUGGUGGGCAUCCAUGUGCUGGACAUCAACGACAAUGACCCCGCGCUCCUCAACCUCCCAAUGAACCUCACCCUCAGUGAGAACACCCCUGUCUCCAGCUUCGUCACCCGUGUCCUUGCCCGGGAUGCAGACAAGGGGCCAAAUGCCCUCCUGACCUUCGACAUAACGGCGGGCAACAUGGAGAAUGCCUUCUACAUCAACAGUACCAGCGGUGUCAUCUACGUAAACCGCCCACUGGACAGGGAGCGAGUGGCAGAGUACAGGCUGACCAUCACAGUGAAGGACAACCCUGAGAACAUACGCAAUGCCAGGCGGGAUUUUGACCUACUGGUCAUUUCCAUAGCGGAUGAGAAUGACAACCACCCUCUCUUCACGCAGAGCUCCUACCAGGCUGAGGUGAUGGAGAACUCACCCCCAGGGACUCUGAUCACGGUGCUCAAUGGACCCAUCCUAGCUCUGGAUGGUGACGAGGGCAGCAACGCUGUGGUGACCUACCAGCUCCUGGAGGCAUCCCUGGACCCCUUUGUUAUCGACAACAGAACAGGUGUCGUUUCAGUGAAGCCCGGUGGCGUGAUAGACCGAGAGGCUUUGCUGAACCCUCACCUGGAGUUCACGUUGGUGGCUCAUGACGUGGGGGGUCUGAACAGCACCACCAGCCUGGCAGUGACCAUCCUGGAUGACAAUGACAACCACCCCAUCUUCCAGCCGGCCUCCGUCACAGUGUGGCUGCAGGAAAACAGCCCCCCAGGCUUCUCCGUCCUCCAGGUGAUGGCCACAGAUGCUGACAGUGGCCUCAACCAGCAGCUGGAUUACCGGAUUGAGGGUGGUGGCCAGGACAGGUUCCUGAUUGAUGCCACCACAGGGGUGAUCCGUGUGGCCAACAUCAGCAUUGACCGGGAGGAGCGGGAUGCCUACUGGCUGACGGUGGUGGCCGUGGACCAGGGCACACCAGCACUCUCAGGCACCGCCACCGUCAGCCUCUUCAUCAAUGAUGUCAACGACUGCCGGCCCGAGUUCAUCAACCCCAUCCAGACAGUCAGCAUCCCUGAGUCGGCUGCCCCUGGCACUGUGGUGGCCAAGGUGACCGCCAUCGACCGAGACCUCCACCCUCGCCUGGAAUACUACCUGCUGGAGAUCGUGGCCCGUGAUGACACAGACGCGCUGGUGUCUGACCAGCAAGGAGUGUUCGCAGUGGAUUUUAGGACAGGAGCUGUGAAGAUCAAAACUCCCCUCAACCGGGAACUGGUGGCCACCUACGAGGUCACCAUCUCCGUCCACGACAAUGCCAGCGAAGUCAUUGACCACUCAGUCAGCGUGCCCAACGCCAAGCUGACAGUCAAUGUCUUGGACGUCAAUGACAACACACCCCGUUUCCGACCCUUUGGCGUCACCUAUUUCACCGAGAGGAUCCUGGAGGGAGCCACACAGGGCACCACACUCAUCUCCAUCUCAGCAGUGGACCCGGACAGGAAGGUCGUGGCCAACAGGACGGUGGACUACGAGGAGGUGCAGUGGCUGAACUUCACUGUCCGAGCUUCUGACAACGGCUCUCCCCGCAGAUCUGCUGAGAUCCCGGUGUACCUCCAGAUAGUGGACAUCAAUGACAACAAUCCCAUUUUCAGCCAACCAUCCUACCAGAAAGCUGUCUUUGAGGACGUGCCAUUGGGUACGGUCAUCCUGAGGGUCAAGGCCACGGAUGCAGAUUCUGGGCGUUUUGCUCUCAUCCAGUACAGCCUAGGGGAUGGAGAGGGCAAGUUUGGGAUAAAUCCCAACACGGGUGACAUCUACAUCCUGUCAGCCCUGGACCGGGAGAAGAAGGAUCACUACACACUGACAGCUGUGGCCAGGGACAACCCUGGGGACAUCUCCAGUAACCGUCGGGAAAACUCUGUGCAAGUGCUGAUCACAGUCCUGGACAUCAACGACUUCAGGCCCCAGUUCAGCAAAAGCCAGUUCAGCACCAGCGUCUAUGAAAAUGAGCCGUCAGGGACAUCAGUGAUCACCAUGACCAGCACUGACCUGGAUGAAGGGGAUAAUGGCGUGGUGACCUACAGCAUCGAGGGCCCUGGAGCAGAGGCUUUCAAGAUCAAUAAAGACUCCGGGCUUGUCACAUCCCAGCGGCGCUUGCAGUCCUAUGAGAGGUUCAACCUGACUGUGGUGGCCACGGACAAGGGGCGUCCCCCUCUCUGGGGGACCACCAUGCUCCACAUUGAGGUCAUCGACAUCAAUGACAACCGCCCCAUCUUCAUCCGCCCACCCAAUGGCACUAUCCUGCACAUCAAGGAGGAGAUCCCCCUGCGAUCCAAUGUCUACGAGGUCUACGCCACGGACAAAGACGAGGGACUCAACGGAGCGGUGCUUUACAACCUGCUGAAAACCGGGGCGGGGAACAAAGACUGGGAAUAUUUCAGCAUCGACUCGGUCAGCGGGCUGAUCCAGACGGCCAUGCGACUGGACCGGGAGAAGCAGGCGGUGUACAACCUGAUCAUUGUGGCCUGUGACCAGGGCCAGCCAGCCUACGAGACCAUGCAGCCCCUCCAGGUCGCACUUGAUGACAUCGAUGACAAUGAACCUAUCUUCCUUAGGCCACCUAGGGACAGUCCCCAGUACCAGGCACUCUCCAUCCCUGAGCACUCACGGCCAGGCACUGUGGUAGGGAAUGUCACCGGGGCAGUGGAUGCGGAUGAGGGCUCCAAUGCCAUUGUCUACUACUUCAUAGCAGCUGGGAACGAGGAGAGCAACUUCCAGCUGAGCCGAGAGGGGAAGCUGCAGGUCUUGCGAGACCUGGACCGGGAGAAGGACCCGUACUACUCCAUCAUCGUCAAAGCAUCCAGCCAGAGGAAUUGGUCCCCUCCCCGGGUCCAACGAGCAGGCAGAGCCCAGACCUGGGACCUCAGUGGGGACCUGACCCUUCAGGAGGUGCGGAUCUUCCUGGACGACAUCAAUGACCAGUCCCCUCAGUUCACCAAGUCAGAAUACACGGCGGGGGUUGCCACUGAUGCAAAGGUGGGAUCGGAGCUGAUCAGAGUGAUUGCAGUGGACGCCGAUGUGGGCAAUAACAGCCUGGUCCUGUACAACAUCUUGGGCAUCCGCUACAUCAAGCAGCACUCCAACGACUCUGAGGAGGUGGCCAACAUCUUCAGCAUUGGAACUCUUGAUGGGAUCCUGCGAACCUUUGACCUCUUCACGGCCUACAACCCUGGGUACUUCGUGGUGGAUAUCAUGGCCUCUGACUUGGUGGGCCACAACGAUACGGCCGUUGUGGGGAUUUACAUCCUGCGGGAUGACCAGCGUGUCAAAAUCAUCAUCAACGAGAUCCCUGACAAAGUCAGGCAGUUCGAGGAGGAGUUUAUCAGCCUGCUCUCCAACAUCACGGGCGCCAUCGUCAACACGGAUGAUGUGCAGUUCCAUGUCGACAAGAAAGGUCGGGUGAACUUCGCACAGACAGAGCUGCUGAUCCAUGUGGUGAACAGGGAGACCAAUCGCAUCCUGGACGUGGACCGGGUGAUUCAGAUGAUAGAUGAGAACAAGGAGCAGCUGAGGAACCUUUUCAGGAACUACAACGUGCUGGACGUGCAGCCUGCCAUCACUGCCCAUGCCCAGGAGGACCUCUCAGCUCUGCAGAUGGCAAUAAUCGUGCUGGCCGUCCUGCUCUUCCUGGCUGCCAUGCUAUUCAUCCUUAUGAACUGGUACUACCGGACAGUGCACAAAAGGAAAUUGAAAGCCAUAGUGGCUGGCUCCACUGGGAACAGAGGCUUCAUGGACAUCAUGGACAUGCCAAACACCAACAAGUACUCCUUUGAUGGGGCCAACCCAGUGUGGCUGGAUCCCUUCUGCAGGAACAUGGAGCUAGCAGCGCAGGCGGAGCACGAGGAUGACCUGCCGGAGAACCUGAGUGAGAUCACUGAUCUCUGGAACAGCCCUGCCCGCACCCAUGUGACCUUCGGGAGAGAACCCUCUGCGGCCAAGCCCGAGGAUGAUCGCUACCUGCGGGCAGCCAUCCAGGAGUACGACAACAUUUCCAAGCUGGGGCAGAUCAUGCGGGAGGGACCCAUCAAGGGUUCUCUCUUGAAGGUGGUCCUGGAUGAUUACAUGCGCUUGAAAAAACUCUUUGCCCAGCGGAUGGUGCAUAAGGCCACCGCCAGUCAGGGGGACCGCUCCUCGGUCUCAGAGCUGAUCCAGAAGGAGCUGGAGGAAGAGGAGGAGCGGAGCCCCAGCCAAGGCAGCCUCCGCUUCCGACACAAGCAGCCAGUGGAGCUGAAAGGUCCUGAUGGCAUCCACGUGGUGCACGGCAGCACAGGCACGCUGCUCGCCUCUGACCUCAACAGCCUGCCCGAGGAUGACCAGAAGGUCCUGGGUCGCUCGCUGGAGACUCUGACCACUGACUGCGGGGGCUACAGUGACCACAAUGCCCGCACUGAGUCGGCCAAGUCCACCCCCCUGCACAAGAUGCGAGAGGUGAUCAUGGAGAGCCCGCUGGAGAUCACUGAGUUAUGA